CCAACCAACGUGGCCAGCUCAGGCUCCAACUUGGACUAGAACUGGUGCAUCUUUUGUUUGUGCUUCUUCUCGCACAAUCUUCUCCCCGUUCACCUCCUCGUCCUCCGCGCUCGAUAGACUCGGGGACGCGACGCAAAGGUCCAUCGUUUCUUCUGCCAGAGGCAGCUCCCUCCUUUCUCCAUCACGAAUACAGCCAGCGCGAAUAGCCCGGGCAGCAGCCAGGCCCCACCACCCACAAUGUCGUCAUUAAAUCUCUCCGUCAAUGGGCCCUCGAUUAAAAGCAGCUACAGCGGCGUCGUCAAUGGGCCCGCGCCGUCCUCAAGCUCGCCGACACACGCCCAAUGGGCUCUCUUUUCGGUGCAGGCGCCGCUCGUGAACGCUUUCCAGGACAACGGCUCCAAGGAGAGUGUGCUCAAGGUUGAAGGCACCGGCGAUGGAGAGAUCGAGGAUCUCAUCGAGGACUUCAACGAGGGCCGCAUCCAGUUUGCCUUUGUCAAGGUCAAGGACCCCAACUCGGGGCUGCCCAAGAACGUCCUGAUAGCAUGGUGCGGCGGCGGCGUUCCUGAGCGGACCAAGGGUUAUUUCACCAGCCAUCUGGCCGCUGUUUCAAAGCUCCUGCACGGAUACCACGUCCAGAUAACCGCCCGCUCCGACGCCGACCUGGCUCCCGAUUCCAUCAUGAAGAAGGUGGCCGACGCCUCUGGCGCCAAGUACAGCGCCGGCAGCUCCGCCCCGGCCCCCUCUGCUGCCCCACCUGUCGCCAAGAAGCCCGUCUUCACCCCCACGGCCUCCGGUGGCUCCGGAGCUUUCAACCCUCUCGUCGCUGCCCGCCAGAGGAGGGAUGAUAAUGUAGACGCGGACGGAUGGGGUGCCGAUGCGCCCCCAGUCAGCCGGUCCGAGAUUCAGAAGGUCGAGUCUGCCUACAAGCCUACCAAGGUCAACAUGGCGGAACUCGUGCAGCAGAAGCAAGAACCGUCUCGCUUCAAUGGCGGUGGCGCCGCCGCCCAAGAAGAUCGCCCCGACGUGGUCAGGGGUGCCUACCAGCCAAUCGGGAAGGUCGACAUUGGGGCCAUCAGAGCCGCAGCCAAGAAUCAGCAUGACGACCGACCCGCAACGGUGAAAGGAGCCUAUGAGCCCGUUGGUAAGGUGGAUAUCGCAGCCAUCCGCGCCAGGGCUCAGAAACCCGCUGCGGAAGAUGCGGAUGAGAAGCCCAAGAACCUCUCCGAGCGCACCGCCGCCUUCACCGCCGCCCCCCAGUCCGAGAGAUUGGUAUCCCUGCCUAAGCCCAAAGUUGCCAACAAGUUUGCUGGUGCCUCCUCCUUUACGGGCACAAAGGCCCCCAUGCCUGGCUCGCUCGGGCUAGCCUCCCCAGCCACUCCUGCAUCGCCCCCGGUCGGUGCUGCCAGUCGUACGUUUGCCGACCAAGGCGGCAAGACCCCGGCUCAGCUAUGGGCCGAGAAGAAGGCGAAGCAAGGAAUCAUUAGCCCCAACGCAACCGGUGCCACACCUGCUGCCUCUUCCAUUGCCGCUCAGAAGAGCGGCGGCGGCGAGGGGUGGAAGAGCGGAUACCAGGGCAAGAGCUGGGGUACAGUGCAAACCACCAACUUUGGACGCGGAAAUGCUGCUGUCGUUGAGCAGAAGACUGGCGAAGACAACCAGCAACAGCGCGAGCUAGAGCAAGAGCCGUCUCAGUCCGGCGGCGGUAUCUCGGCGCUUCGGGAUCGAUUCAAGGAGGCGCCUGUUAUGGAAGCUGCUGCCCCUGCUGUGCCGAAGGUCCCGACUGGUGGGAACCGAAGCCUGAAUGAUGAGCCUGCACCGCCGCCGCCGAACAUGUCAACUCGUCCGUCUGUCCCAUCUGGCGGGUUUGCUCUCCCGGGACUUCCAACCCGUCCGCCGGCGGCCGAGCAACAGGAGGAGGAGGACGUGGCGGAGGAGCAACAACCUCCACCCAGGUCCCCCUCCCCGCCGCGUGUUGCCAUUCCUGUUCCCCGUGUACCGGAGCCCGAGAUCGAGCGGCCCGCCCCGGAACCGGCUAUCCCAGUUCGCGAGAUUGAGCGCUCCCUGCCCAAGGAGGAGGAGCUUCAGGACGACCGCGUUGACCACGCGAGGGCGGCGGCCACGGCGGUUGCGGAAGAGCAGUUUAGUCAUGAGCAGCUUGCUGCAGGGCAAGCGGCGCCCGGAGGCGGCAAGCGUGCCCUUAUCCAAUACGACUACGAAAAGGCCGAGGACAACGAGCUCGAGCUCAGGGAGGGCGAGUACGUCACCAACAUUGAGAUGGUGGAUGAUGACUGGUGGAUGGGCACCAACGCGAGGGGCGAGAGUGGUCUCUUUCCCAGUAACUACGUGGAGCUCCUCGAGGACCAGGAAGACGCCCCGCCGCCGGUUCCCGCAGCAGAGCCGGCCAGGGCAGUCGCGCAACAGGCUCCUACUCCUGUUCCAGCCGCCCAGGCCCCCGCUCCCGCGGCUGCGGCGGCAGGCCCAACGGCCACUGCUUUGUACGACUACGAAGCCGCGGAAGACAAUGAGCUUGGCUUCCCCGAAGGCGCGCAAAUCACCGACUUGGAGUUCCCUGACGAAGAUUGGUGGUUUGGCCACUUUAAGGGCAAGAGUGGUUUGUUCCCUGCCAACUAUGUGGAGGUGAACAAUUGAGAUCCCGAAAUAGGAGACGUUCAAAAGUGAGAAUCGUAGGACUAGUGCUUCGCAAGCAAAUGCAAUAGGAGAGAUGGAUGGCCUGGAAAGGAAACGGUUUCAGACGAAUGUUGCACACAUGUCGAAUAAACAAGCACGCUUUUUUUCUCGAGCGGUUCUGAAGCAUUGGUGGCGCCAUGUCUAUUUAUUCAGCUUGUCGACGUUGUUGCUUCGUCCAUUUUCAAUGUUGUUUGCGUCCAAAAUCACCUUACGCGACUUUGCAUGUCCCGAGUCAAAGCCUGUCGGGCUUGAUGCAUUGGGGUCAGAUUGCCAGAUUUCCUGACAGUCAUUUCUGUUCAUUUUGGUUCAGAACAUGAAUACAAGCCAUGUAACUAGGUAUCAACAAGAAGAGAAAAUAUACACAAGCAGAUGUUGAGUACA